UGCCCCGGGACCGGGAAGCUGGUGUCGCCGGGCGGGGGCCCGACCCUCAGCCCCCACCGUGGGGGCCUCCCCGCCCUCACGGCCUUUCUGGCGGACGGCGGCGGAGUCGAUUGCCUCGCGUGGGAUCCCGCGCGGGCUCACCUGCCGCCGGGGAGUACCGGGACCCCAGCGGGGCCAGGCUGCUCGGGCGGGGCUGAGGGCGAGCUCCGCCGGCCUCGGGGGGGCCGGGAACGCAGAGGCUGCUUCUGCUCGCCGGAGAGACAGCCGGGCCAAGCGGCUGUGCUGCGUCUCAAGAGGAAAGCUCCAUUUUGCGCAGAAAUAAGUGAUUUUCAGAGGACAACGCCAAUGACAGAACUGUCUGCACAUUUACCCCAGUUUCAGCAUGGGCAGCUGACGGAAAACUUCCCUGAUAACCACCUCAGCAACACCCAAGAGUCCAUGGCCUCUGCUCUGUUUAAUACUGAUCAGAAUGACAACAGUGAAAGACGUCGCCAUGAUAAUAGUGGGCGCAGAAGAAAUGACAAUCCCGAGUCUGAGACCAAUGGGCAGCCACAAAACAACAUUCAGCAAGUGGUGGAACAAGAUGAAGAAGAAGAUGAGGAGCUGACACUGAAAUAUGGGGCAAAACAUGUGAUUAUGUUGUUUGUACCUGUCACACUUUGCAUGGUAGUCGUUGUUGCAACCAUCAAGUCUGUCAGCUUUUAUACACGCAAGGAUGGACAGCUCAUCUACACUCCUUUCACAGAAGAGACAGAGACAGUAGGACAGAGAGCUCUGAAUUCAAUUCUCAACGCCGCUAUCAUGAUCAGCGUUAUCAUUGUCAUGACCAUACUUCUGGUUGUGCUUUACAAAUACAGGUGCUACAAGGUGAUCCAUGGCUGGCUUAUCAUUUCUUCUCUUUUGCUGCUUUUCUUUUUCUCAUUUAUCUACCUGGGUGAGGUUUUUAAGACAUAUAACGUUGCCAUGGACUACAUUACAGUGGCGCUUAUAAUCUGGAACUUCGGUGUUGUGGGAAUGAUCUGUAUUCAUUGGAAGGGUCCACUUCGGCUCCAGCAGGCAUAUCUCAUUAUGAUAAGUGCUCUCAUGGCCUUGGUGUUCAUUAAGUACCUUCCUGAAUGGACUGCGUGGCUCAUCCUGGCUGUCAUUUCAGUGUAUGACCUGGUUGCUGUCCUGUGUCCUAAGGGUCCUCUUCGUAUGCUGGUUGAAACAGCUCAAGAGAGAAAUGAAACUCUCUUCCCAGCACUUAUUUACUCCUCAACAAUGAUAUGGCUUGUGAACAUGGCUGAGGAAGAUCCAGAAGCCCAACGGAAAGCUACUAAAAACUCCACUUACGAUAAACAAGCUCCGGCAAAUCAGACUCGGAAUGAAGAUGCUGAAGCAGAUGAUGGUGGCUUUAGUCAGGAAUGGCAGCAACAAAGAGACAACAGAAUAGGACCCAUUGAAUCAACUCCUGAAUCACGUGCUGCUGUUCAGGCUCUACCCAGUAACUCUCAAACCAGUGAAGACCCCGAAGAACGAGGAGUAAAGCUAGGCUUAGGAGACUUCAUCUUCUACAGUGUCCUUGUUGGCAAAGCCUCUGCAACAGCAAGCGGGGACUGGAAUACAACUUUAGCAUGUUUUGUAGCCAUAUUAAUUGGCCUGUGCCUUACACUUCUGCUUCUUGCCAUCUUUAAGAAGGCCUUACCAGCUCUUCCAAUCUCCAUAACCUUUGGGCUAGUUUUUUACUUUGCUACAGACAACUUGGUGCAACCCUUUAUGGACCAGCUAGCAUUCCAUCAGUUUUAUAUCUAGCACACUUGAUGCUGGUAUUCUAUGGAUAUUUGUAGCAAAUCGGGGAGGAGUAAAAAUGUUUUUCCCUCAGUUCUCAAGUGAAACUGAAGUUUAAAAUUCAAGAUCCCGAGCCUGAAUCAUCACAACCUCCUCCGAUGUGUUUUGGUUUGGUUGGUUGGGGGUUUUUUGUUUGUUUUGUUUUUCCUGAGACAACUGCUGCACUGGGCACCAUAUGAAUUUUCCUGUCUGAAAGUGGCUUCUUCCUGAUGGCCAGUCUAAACCAGAUGUUAUUAUAUCAGAGGUAAUCUGAUGUAGAUAUCUCUGGUGAGGACCACCAGUGUGAAAAUUGCUAACACUUCCACCAGCAACAUGAUCUCCUACCACAGGUUGAUUACUUUCACAGCAUUAAGGGUGCUCAGGACUUCCUUGGUGUUAACAGAGGAAGCUGACAGAUCCCAUGGAACUUGUCCCUGUAACCACUUGGAGAGGGAGAACCCAAUUCAGACUUCUUCGACAGUGAUUUUUUUGACAACGGAGUCCUGGCUCUGCUUUGUGUAACGAGAAAGGACUUUGUAGGAAUCGACAAAGGGAGAAAGUACUGUCAGUCUGGGAGUUCUCCACCACAUCAUAUCCUCUGUGCCUGAGUGUGCUUGGUGUAGUGAAUUUAAAAGUUUUGUGUUCUUUUUUUCCCACACAGGAACUAGAGCCUCUUCUCAGUUUUAACACUUUGUAUCCUCAAGCAUGGAGUGCACCUUCUGUACACCUGCUGCAGUUUAUGUAGCUACUUAGACCUGGACUGAAUUAUUUGGCAUUAGUGGAUCACAAAGUCCUAAUUUGGAUCUUAAAUUCUAAAAGGUUAAUAAACUACAUUAAAAAGCAAUUUCAGGACUUACUCUUUGUAAUCUUGCAAGUCAUUUUGCUAGAACACCAUUUCAAACCCUGCGUUUGAGAAUAGUCACUAACAGCAUGGAUUGCAUUGUUGGUAUAAGUUCAUUUUUUGAAAUUCUUAUGAAAUAAGUGGACAUUUGCAACAAUCCCAGAUGGACUCUUAGCUUGCCAGAUCUAGAGGCCAUAGUGCUAUCAUUAGCACUUCUACUACAUCACUGAGAUUUUUCUCUUCAAAAAUACGGUUUACAAUUUUGUUGACCUGAAGUAUUGGUCACUCAACCAUCUAACACCUCAGAUUAGACAGGGUUGUUUUUUUUUUUCAUACAGUAUCUUUAUUGGUGAGGAUACUUAAGUUAGGUGAGACAUAACUUAAUGUUACCCAGGAGCAAAAUUUGUGGCCCUCUUCACUUUAAUUACCUCUUCCAUGAGGAACAGAAGAUUGGAGGCAUGAAAGACAACUCAAAAUCACUGCAAAGAAGAUACAAGAUUUUGAACUUAUUAAGAGAAAAAUCAUUGAUUCUAACCUUAAAACUGCUAAACUCUGUUUCCUUCUUCAUUUGAAAGACCUCGUUUAUGAAUAAUUACUUGGAAAUGAGACUUGUGUGAGAUGAGGUUGCUUUUGCCAUAGGCUCUUACUCUGUACAAAUAAUUUUUUUCGGAGGGGGAGGUACAGGGAGUGGGUACUACUGAUGGGCAUUCCAUUUUACUUGCAUUUUGAUACUAGAGUCCUUGCCAAGUAGAACAACUGUCAAACUCCUGAGGCAGACUCCUUUUGCUCUUUGUCUGGGGCUUUGUUUCAGUGCCUGUAGAUUCAAAGGACGGAGACAUCACAGAUGCUCACCAACCAUUGCCCAAAUAAGGGAAGAAAGGCUGUGAUGUGUAAAUCUGCUUUAAAGCCAAGAAAGGCUUACUUUGAUUGUCCUUGGAAAUGUCUGUGUCUUUUCCAGUAUGACUUGCUAACUGUAGCGUUAGCAUUUACAUUUGCAGAAGGUAUAUUGUCUGUCUCCUCUAAAGUACUUUUAUUCAUCUCAUUUGUGUGCUGAUUCAUCGUGGAUAGCAUUAAUAAAGUAACCAUAUCAAAAAUGCUUACACUGACUUUUCCAGUCAACCUUGCUUGUGUUUUCUAGCUUAAGUCACUGUUCCAUAUUUUGCUGCAAUGAAACCUGACUUAAAACAGGUUGUUUUGGCUUUUCUGGUGUUUUUUGGUUUUGUUUUUUUACAAGACCUUGGUUAUUUUUAUACUAUUGUCACUUGUCCCCUUCCUGAGCAUUAUAUCUAAGAAAAUCCCUUGUGUGUUUUAUUUGGUGUCCUAACUAUUGUUUAAUCAUAUAAAACAGGUUUGCUAAGAGUUGGCAUCACUAGCAUCUCUGUGCAUAUCUGAGCUGACUCCCAGGGAAGAGUCGUUACAUAAAUGCAGCAGUCAUCUUUAUUGUUUCGUUUUGGUUUAAGUAUGCACCAUGGGAGCACCAGCUCCAUUAAGAGUUGUUUUAGAAUCAGUAGAAAUACACAAAAGCCUCUCCACAUACUUGAAUGAGUGUUAGAUGUACAACCCAAGAAAGAGCUUAGAAUCUUCAAACACUACAUUGCCAGUCUUCCACUCUCCAGAGCUGCUUCUGCUACCCUGAACUUAUAAUUUAUGAGCUAGUGUGGAGUUACAGUGUUGGAGACUAUAAAAUUUAUAUUCAGAGAAACUGUUCAAGUUUAUAUAUUUGAAUCUGAAAAUGAAUUCAAAAUCUGCUGUUCAAGCCCCAGCCAAUGUAUGUUAAAGUACCCAAAGUCCUGUGUACCCCUUCAAAAACCAGGAUGAAAUUUUUUAGAUUUGCCCUUUUAUGCCAAGUCACAGUAGCUUAUGUUCUAACUGAAAUCUUGCAGCUAAAGAUCAUUUCAGUACUUAGGUCCAUAAGGUUCAGUUGAGAACAGGUUUUGCUUGCAUUCGGGUUGUUACUAGGUAAGCGUGAAGGUUGUGUCACUUUUCUCUCCUUUGUCUUAAAACACCAAUCUCAUUUGAGAUCGUGAACCAUUUCAGCUUGGUUAGCUUGGUAUAACUGAAGGACUUACUGAGAUGUAGUCUGCAUUUUUGAGUUUUUCUUACUGUUAAAUUAGAAUGUUAAUGGCAGCAUGUUAGACUGUAGCUCUGAAAGAACCCUUGUGUGACCCACCUAGCUUGAUUCAUCCCUUUUGUGCCCAAGCAGACCAACUGGUAACUUGUGUGACUGCUUCAGGAGUCACACUUUGAAACUGGGGAUCAUGAGAGCUUUCUCUCUUCUUUUUCAGCUUACAGUAAUGAUUAGUCUUCUUUGGCUAAGCUUCAAAUAAAUAGAUGAGAAAACAUAAUACUGAGUUACAGAUUUGCCUGAAAAUCAGCCACUUUCAUUUCUCCUUUGUGUGUGUGUGUGUGUGUGUGUGUUGGAAGGCGUAAUCCAGAGCAAAAAGACUCCUUACAGCAAAUGUGUAUUAUACUGUCAUAUCCAUGUACGGCUACUGUGGUGGCACUCAAAUUCAAAUGUCAUCGGUGUGAGGUGAGUCUUGAAGGUGCGCGUGUGAUGCUGCAACAUAUUCCGGGUGGUUCUGACUGGGCAGAUGAUGACUUCUUCGAGCCAAAUAUUCAAGGGCUGUGCUCCACUAAAAACAGCUGAUCUCAGUGUACAAAGCGGACUCUGACUAUUUCAGGCAUAGGAGACUGGUGCUUCUUGGUUAUGUAGAUAUAUAUCUGUACCUAUAGAGAUGUAGAUAUGUAUAAUAUGUGUUCUGGGCAAAUAGGUGACAACUGUUCUGCCAUUAGUGCAGUCAAGAAUUAAAUAUGCAGAAGUAUCUUUUGGGUGGAUGGUACUGUAUAAAGAAACUUCUCAAAAUGCUUUAUUUAAAAAAAUUACUUUUGGCAACGAUGCUGUUGAAAUGAAUUUAAUAGACUGUGGAACAUGUCUGCACUGUGAUUGCAUCUCGGUGGUAACUUGGUCAUUGGAAAUGCUGAAACAUGAACUAGAAUGGAAUUCUUUUACACUCAAAGCAUUUGCUGUUUUUUUUACAAACACUGGUUUGUACAUAAUCUGAAUUGAAUGUGAAUGUUUUUUUAAACACCUUUCCAGUUCUUGAUUAAAUACUUUUUUGAUAGGUUAUUGCAAAUUUUCCUGUAUUUGUCUAAUUAUUAAAAUAAAACUCGCAUGGAUCCUG